CAACAAGGGGAGGUCCGGUUGCCAGGUUGAGCAGAAGUUGCAAUAUUGUACUUUGGUUAUUUUAUUAGCUUAUUUUUUUCUUAUAAACUUGUAUGUCUAGCCCUUCCCACUGUCCUUUUGGCUGUAUCUGAAUCCUUCCAAAGACCUUUAGCUCUCUCUCUCUUUCUCUCUGAUCCUUUGUCCAAUGGUUCUCUUAAUGUUUCCAGCUUUGCACAAAGUUUCUCAUCAUUAUUCAACAGUGUUGCAUAUAUAUUACAUUAGAGUUUGACCCCUCCUAUCCUUUUGGUAGUGCCAGGAAUUUUCCCACACACCAGCAACCAAUCACUCUUCUUGACAAGAGAGAAGGCAUUAUUGGAGACAGUUGCAUAAGGGAAGCCUUUAGGACUGGUUUAAGGUAAUCUCCAGUCCUGCCUGUUCCUCGAGUGAUACUGUGGACAAGGUGUCCAACUCUGGCCUGAACUGAGCCCUCAUCUCAACGCUCAGUGUCAUCAAGAUGUUAACCUGCCUCUUCCUUCUGAAGGCUCUUGCUCUUGGGUCCUUGGCAUCCUGGGUAGCUGCAGGAGAGCAUGGGAAGAAAGGAGAGUGUCCUAAGGUCAUUCGAAAACCACCCUGUUCUAAAGCGUGUACCACUGAUGAGACAUGCCCAGGUAGAAAAAAAUGCUGCACUUUUGGUUGCAAUAAGAGAUGUGUAAUGCCAGUCUUCAAACAGAAACCAGAGGUUGGUGGCGGAUGUCCUGCGGACCCCCUUCCAUGUCAGGAGCUGUGUGACAGAGAUGAGUCCUGCCCCCCGGGGCACAAGUGCUGCAGCACUGGCUGUGGUCAGGCAUGCCGUGGGGACAUUAAAGGAGGGCGAGAUGGCGCUUGUCCGAACAUUCUGGUAGGCCUGUGUAUUGUUGGCUGCUUCAUGGAUGAACACUGCCAACCUGGGGAAAAGUGCUGCAAAUCAGGCUGCGGCCGCUUCUGUGUCCCGCUGGCCCUGCCAUCCAAUGGGACUGUAGACUCCAAUGGGACCAUCAGCUCUGAUUUGGAACGCGAGGCCCGGGAAACCUAGUGGUCCUGACUUGUCUGGAUCUUCUGUAGAGACCCCAGAAGUCCUGUGCUGGCAGCCAGGAGAGGGUGGUGUCCCAGGGCUUGUGACACUCCCAGGGGGCACUCAUGGCCUUCUUGGCCCUGUUUCCCUUCCUGCUGUUGCCUGGAGCACAGAAAGUGGCCCUGGUACUUACAGCGGGUGCUGAUGCUUCUCUUUCCCAAUAAAGACUGAUGUGGAC